CAGAAAACCCCGUCGCUCCGCCUGAAAGCCCUCUUCUCAUGAUCCGCCAUUAGGGUGAACCGCUGGUGGAUUGAACGCCAGGAUGCAGAUAUUUGUCAAAACCCUCACGGGGAAGACCAUAACCCUCGAGGUUGAGCCUUCGGAUACGAUCGAAAAUGUCAAGGUCAAAAUUCAGGACAAAGAAGGAAUUCCUCCUGACCAGCAGAGGUUGAUCUUCGCUGGGAAGCAGCUGGAAGAUGGACGCACUUUGUCAGACUACAACAUCCAGAAGGAGUCGACCCUCCACUUGGUGCUGAGGCUGAGAGGCGGGGCCAAGAAGAGGAAGAAGAAGUCCUACACCACGCCCAAGAAGAACAAGCACAAGAGGAAGAAGGUCAAGCUGGCCGUGCUGAAAUAUUACAAGGUGGACGAAAACGGUAAAAUCCACCGCCUGAGACGCGAGUGUCCCGCCGACGAGUGCGGCGCCGGCGUGUUCAUGGCGAGCCACUUUGACCGCCAUUACUGCGGCAAGUGUUGUCUGACUUACUGCUUCAACAAGCCCGAGGACAAGUAAGAUGGACUGACUGUUGGGAAUAAAGACAAAUGUUUCUCAUUUCA